ACACAUAGUAACCGAGGCAACACGUCUUAUCAGUUUCAUCUGCAGUUCAGCAAUUGAAAUACUAGCUCGCGAUCCUGCUCCAGUACCGAUGAUAGUUACCGAACAGUUACAUACAUACGUACCUCUAAACAAUAUAUACCAAUUGAGUGCUACAAUAACUACACAACUACACAGAGUCGUUCACUCCAUAGUGUCAGUGCCUCUACUUGACAUAGAGUUCCAUAAAUUCAACUGGAGAAUCAUCGAAACCACCAUCCAAUUGACACAGUCUGACCUCUAUAGGGUCAGAGGUGGGGCUGGGGAGUGUCUUAGUGAAGUAUGGAGGAUUGUUGAAUGAGCAACAGCUACUGCUGCUACCACAGCCUUCACCAUCCCAGAGAGGAUCAUCUGGAUGGAAGCCUACAGAAUCUUCUGAGGUUCCUGAUUCACAGAAAUAGUCUCCACCCAUAAAUGAUGGGAUGGUGACACUAGCACCAUUGCAAGGACAUCCUUCUUCAUUAGUGUGAGUCUCGGUACGGGCUGCUGCAAAUGUCCAGAUGUGUUGUCGUGGACU